AUGCAAUUUUCUGAGUUUCAACCUCAAGCAAUCCAAUUGCACUACCGAGAUCCUGUACAUUACGCUGAAAUGCUUCACAUUCAAGGUGAUCUUGAACGACAAAAGUUGAAUGAGGAACUUCGAACAUGCCUUCGGUUCGCGGUUCAAGUAGACGGAUCCGUAGACACAAAACAGCAGGACAAGAAAUUUGUGUUUGUUCGUUUGAAUUCUGAAGAAAACCCACUUUCAAUUCAAACACGUUUGGUAAGUGUUAAGCAAGUCGAGAAACGCGGUGCGCAUGGUUUGUUCGAUGCUGUUGUUUCUUCAUUAAAGGAUGUUGGGCUCGAUGAUAUGGACAUCAAAGCAAAAUAUUCCGGACUUACCACAGAUGGUGAGUCCGCAAACACAGGUCAAAAAUCGGGUCUAUGGGCGCGAAUGGAUGAAUAUGUUGGGCAUCCAUCAUUUAACCUAUGGUGUGCUUGUCACAGGUCAGAUUUGGCCAUGGAGGAUCUUGUUGCAUCAGUUCCAGAGUUGACAAUUUGGAAAGCUAAUGUCGUCGCUGUUGCAACUUAUUAUCGUACAUCUGGUCUGCGCACCAAAGAGCUAAAGACCUUGUUUCCGAGAAUGAAAUCAUUUCCAGCACACCACGAAGUAAGAUUUGGACAACACCUUGUACAGUUGCGUGAGGCGGUCCUUUACAACCUUGACAGCUGUCGUCUCCACUGGCAGAAAGUUGUUGAUUCCGAUCCCCGGGACGACGGUUAUGGUAAGAAAGAGAAGGAGAAAGCAAAAGGAUUUCUCAAAACCUGCUUCCUUCAGGCAUUCAAGUAUGGCUUACUGCUCUUAUGGUUGACGUCUGCUCCAUCUUCCGGUAUAUCGAGAAAGAGUGUCAAAAAGAACACAUCAUCCUCCCUGAUAUUCUCAGAUACAAAGACGUGGCAAUGCAAAAAUUGGUCCUGAUGAAGAAUAAGCCAUACCCAGGUAAGGUAUACACAAACUUGCGUAAAAAUGUUUGUUGGUGGCAUAUCAAUUAAUUCACUUUGAUACCUUAGGUGGUCAAGAAGAACAACAUCAGAAAAGAUUGUCUGGCGGGGCUGAUGCAGAAAGUGAGCAAAGACGAACUACUCAUUCGUUGGUGACCACGUUUCGCCGUGGAAAAGAACCGAUUAGAGUUGAAGUUAUAGCAUCUUCAGAAAAUUUUCUGAAUGUAAGUAAAGUUGCUAUCAAAAGAUUAAUGAUAUGCUUAUUCAUGUCUUUAUUUGCAACUCUUUUAUUUUUUGAAACUAUAGACUCGGCUAAAUGAUGAGCAAAAUGAAGUUGUCAGGCAGAUGAUAGAAAUCAUAACAGCCACGACGGCUAUCGAGUUCAUUAAUGCAUCUCUUCCUCUUCUUGCAUUAUGUAACAUAAAAGACCAAGACAAGUUCUUGAAUGCAGUUCUCGAAAAUUUCGACUCAAUGAAGCCUGGAGAUGAAAUAUCCGCUCAUGACUACGGUGUUCGGCUGUAUUCAAUGUUGAGAGGUAGCAAGCCACCUGCUACUGAGUUCCUUUCAACGUUCUGCGUCGUCUCGCCCCACAGCAUGACCGUAGAAAGGUCUAUGUCGACAUAUAACAUGCUCUUCUCUGAUCUAAGAACAUCAACCUCCGAUACAAUAUUAAUUGAUCGACUAUUAAUUCACUGGAAUGGUGUUGCCACUGCACUUUACGAUCCACGGCCGGCUGUUCAGAAUUUCAUGCUUAGGAAGGACCGAAGAAUGAAAUUGCCAGUUAUCAGCACAUAUACUGAAAGAGACUUUAUUAAGAAGUUUUUUGAAUAG